AGGAGGAGGAGACGUCUGACUCGUUAUGUCAGUUCCUUUAAGGAUGUCGAAGUUUUUGUAGUUCCUGUGCUGUUGACCUGUCAGCGUUGUAGUACGAGCUGUCACUGCUGAUAAUUUGUCUGUCCUCCUUCUGGCAGUCGCAGUUUUCCGCCGGUAGCACAGCGAGUACCGGGACUGUCGGACGCUCAGGGCUGUUUGUACUUACUGUUGUUUGCUGCUAUCAGCUAGCCAGCGAGCUAACGGCUAAAGGAAGCUAACGAGCCAGUCAACCUGACAGCUAGCUGGCCAGCUAGUAGUCGACGGACGGCAGCUAGGUUGCAGUUAGCUAGCUAGCCUUCUGAGAGGCGAGGAAGCCGCCCACUCCUGCAAAGCAGCACUCCGGACAAAACAGUGAACGAAGCGAAGGCGUCCAGCAAGCCAAGGAUGGAGGCCCAGAGCUCCAGCGGGCCGCUGCUGUCCAGAAAAAGGAGAAGAGAGGGCUCCAACGGGGAGACCGAGGAGGGAGAGAGGCUUGGGAAAAUCCCCAGAUGCACCGUGGGAUUGAAGCACCCUGCACCUUUCGCAGAUGAGCUUGUGCCAGCUGAUGGUCAACCCUACGCGAGAGUCAGCAUGGAUGAGGCCAAGAGGGGAACACCACCUGACAGACCAGUGCGGGUGUACGCAGAUGGUAUCUUUGACGUUUUCCACUCAGGUCACGCCAGAGCACUUAUGCAGGCUAAAUGCCUCUUCCCAAAUACACACCUCAUUGUUGGAGUGUGCAGUGAUGACCUGACCCACAAGUACAAGGGCUUCACGGUGAUGAAUGAGGACGAGCGUUACGAUGCCAUCAGACAUUGCCGCUACGUGGAUGAAGUGGUGCGGAACGCUCCCUGGACAUUAACGCCAGAGUUCCUCGCAAAACAUCGCAUUGACUUUGUGGCCCAUGACGACAUCCCGUACUCCUCAGCGGGCAGCGAUGACGUGUACAAGCACAUCAAGGAAGCUGGUAUGUUUGCUCCCACCCAGCGGACAGAGGGCAUCUCCACCUCUGACAUCAUCACACGCAUUGUCCGUGACUACGAUGUGUACGUCAGACGCAACCUGCAGAGAGGAUACACAGCCAAGGAGCUGAACGUCAGCUUCAUCAAUGAGAAGAAGUACCACCUGCAGGAGCGCGUGGACAAGGUGAAGAGGAAGGUCCGUGACGUGGAGGAGAAGAGCAAGGAGUUUGUCCAGAAGGUGGAGGAGAAGAGCAUUGACCUCAUUCAGAAAUGGGAAGAGAAAUCCAGGGAGUUCAUCGGCAACUUCUUGCAGAUGUUUGGACCUGAGGGAGCUCUGAAACACAUGCUGAAGGAAGGGAAGGGCCGCAUGCUGCAGGCCAUCAGCCCCAGGCAGAGCCCCAACAGCAGCCCCACCCGCGAGGAGCGCUCCCCCUCCCCGACUUUCCGUCUCCCCUUCUUCACCAAGACCUCCCCGUCUCCCUCACCUCUGCCCCACCACAGCGGGGCCCGCGGAUACCUCAUCAGCGAGGACGACGACGAAGACGACGAAAACUAGAAAGCGUCUGAAUCCUUGGCUCAAAUGGGCUGCAGUCACUGCUACCAGUUAACUGAGCUGUCAAGUAGCGUGGUUUUCAUCGAGCUCCUGCUUCCAUUAAAUGUCUUUUUUUUGAUGAUGAUUUUACUUUGACAUUUAGCACUUCAGUGUCAUGUUAACUGUGACAUUCAGUUUCUUCACAGCUCUUGUUUUAACAGCCAAUUUGUCCUUUUUUUCUUUUUGUGUAACGGUCAGUAAAAGUUACCAUUAGUCACCCUGAGUUCUUUGAAAGUUAGCCUCAUUUAUCUGCGUCACUUUUGAUGUUGAGUUUAUUAGUCGCUCACUGUCACUCACUCUUAGGAAUAUUUGCAGGUGUUACACUCGGUGCACUCUUCCAUCUAUGGUGGUAUUCUUAAGGUUGGCGUUGUGGUGCAAUAGGAGUUUGUGUUUCUGGUCUUUUGUCAUGGCUUUAGCGGGAAGGCUCGCAGGUUUUUUGGUCACACAUUUGGUGUUCGGUGUUGGAAACGUGAGCUGGAAACCUCAUGGAGACACUGUCGAAUAUCUCCAGGGGAAGUUUUUCAGAGCGGGUCAGAAACUGGAGGAAAUGAUCCACUCAUGUGGCGGGGCAGUUUAUAUUCUGCUCAUGCUAACGUGAAGUCAACCUGGCUCUCUUUCUGCUCUCAACUGAAAUCCAGAUGUGCUUGAUUUUUAAGUAACAGGGAAACAUCUAUCUGGGAAUAAUAGUGUUAAAUGUCGAGAAAACAGCCCACCCCCCCACCCCCAAAAAAGUCUGUCUGCCUGCAUUGGGGCUACGCGCGUCUGUGUGUAUGUGCAUGUGAAGUUUGUGUAUGCAAGCUCAUACGUCGGCAUGUUGGAAAUGUCUUCUGUGAACAUUCUCCAUCUAUUGACAGAUCUGGGUUCAGCUUGACUUUGUGCACAUAAUAAAAGAAAUUAGCUUUUUAAAAUUUGUCUGCUGACAAGAAUCAGUCUUUGGAAGACUAGUUUCAAACUGGACGCCUUUCAGCGGCGUAAGAGGAAGUCUUGCAAAGAUGAAAAUGUUAAUGUAGAAAUACUUAUUUUUGUAGAUCUCAUUGUUCCUUUCUUUAUCGUCCGUCUGUACAGAGAAUGAUCUUAGUCGUCCCUGUUUAGAAGUGCUUUGAGUCUGAGCAGAGAAUCAACACGAGCAAGGCUGCACUGUUUUUGUUUUUUUGUUUUUUUGUGUGUGUGUGUGAUGGAGAUCUGGGCCUGUGGAUGACCUAAAACUUAAAUCUGAUAUACAUGUGAUAAAAGAAAAUAUCAGGUUCUCAUAUAUCUAAUAACAUCUGAGAACUGUCUAACUGCCCGACUUUUUGUAAGAAAUCACAUUUUUGGGGAGUCACAAGCACAAACAGGUGCCUAAAUAAGGCCCUUGCAUCUCAAUGGUGGCAAACAUACAGGGCAAAACACACACAAGUUUAUGGUUUUUAACCAAAUCCUGCAGAAAUCUACAAAGACUUUCACAAAAGUGAACACAGUCUGCAUCUGUUUAGAGAUGUAUUUCAAUGGACUCCACAUUAACAUUUAUGUAGCUACCUCCUGCUUGCUUAAACUGAUUCUGUUUCCUAAGAUGAGCACAAAGUAUGAGCAUUAUUUUUCCUUUCUGAACAGAGCCAUUGUUCCAGCACUGAAUCAACAUGACUUGGUCAAAUAUUUGAGAUUUUCCGGCCUCGGUUUGUUGUCCUGCAUCUCCAGUGAUAAAAGCAUGUGUUGUGUUCUCCUAUAUAACCGACAGUGAAACAUCACAGGUGAUCUGAAGAUGUAAUACAAUACUGUUAAAUGACUCUAAUAUAAAUGUUGUCAGAUGUCUGUGUGAUCUGUUCUAGGCUUGGUUUCCCAAAAGCAGGUGUGGUUUGCUGCAGCAACUAAACUGCUUUCUGUUAGUGGUAAAAAUCCGAUUUGAACUUGAGGAGAUAACUGGAAACACUGAAAAGGAUUCCCCCAGUUAGAAAAAUCCCACUUUUGGUAUUAAAACUUCAAAAUCAGUAGAAUUUGAUGAGGAAAUUCAGCCUAGAUUUUUGGUGCUAAGCUACUUUUGGGAAGCCUCGCCUUGAUUCUUGUGGAAUCUGUUCCUUAAAUCAGUGUGAACUUCUCAGUAAGAACACGACCACGUUGAGAGCUCGAGUGGCAAGCCAAUAACAAGCCACUAUUAAGAUACAAAUGUAAAUGUUUUUAACAGCAAAUGUUUUAAUUAAUCAUGUAUUAUUUUACUGUUAGGGGUCAUUUUUAAGUCCUGGAUGUAGAGGUCAGUAAGAGCAAGACAAGAAAAAUGUAUUAAACAUGUUGGCCAAAGCAUUUCUUGACCUUCA